GACACCUCACACCCGUUCCUUUCCUUCUCUCCCAGUCGCCGCUUCUCCGUCCUCAGUCUUCACACGCCGCCCGCCCGCCACAAAGUCUGCGUAGACGCCGCCGAGGCACCGGAGUUGCCAGCUACUGCGCACCUACCAAUCUGCCGCCGAUGCUGCGCACCCAUCUGCCGCCUGAGGCUUGGCGGCGGCCGCUGCCCCAGGAGGCAGGAGGAGCCCGAGAUCAAAGUCCGCGCAUUUCCUUCCACCGAGCCGCGACGAGAUCCAGGAUCCCAGGUGGGAAACUUCGAUGCGGCGGCCUUGAACCGCGAUGGCUGUCCUCGUCGCGGAGUUCGUCCUCAGAUUCAAAGCCGUGGACUAGAAUGUGCACGAAGGCAGACUAUACCACUCCUGUUGAUUCUGUUGCCACCUCGGAGCAAACAGGUGGUGAAACUGAAGCCACCUCGGAGCAAACAGGUGGCAAAACUGAAGAGCCAGCCAUUGUAGCACCUGCUAAUGAAUAUACAGUGCAGGAGGCUGCUCCUCAACAGAAGUGUGCAAAGAUACACGACUUUUGCCUAGGGAUACCUUUUGGUGGAUUUUUAUUCUCCAUGGGCCUUAUUGGAUAUCUAUUUUGGAGGAGCCCUGCAAGUCUUACUUUUGGUGUUGCACCUGGCCUUGCUAUAUUGGCUCUGGCUGUACUUAGCCUUAACGUCUGGAGGAGUGGAAAGUCCAGUUUACCGUUCAUACUGGCGCAAGCAGGCAUUGCCGCUGCGGUAGCCUGGAAGCACAGCCAGGCAUACACCACUACUAGGAAGCUGCUUCCGUGGGGCUUCUAUGUUGCGCUGAGUGCUGCAAUGAUAUGCUUCUACUCCUAUGUUGUUCUUGCUGGAGGGAAUCCACCUCCUAAGAAGGCAAAGGCUGCUGCUUGAUCUGAUCUUGAAGACAUUCACCGAAGCUUCUCAUAAUUGUACUAUAUCUUUCUCUGCUGGUGAAUACUGCACACAAAAGUUGUGUUAUAGGCUCUGAUAUACUUAGUAAAAGACUGAGGAGAUAAGAUUUCCCUCUAUCCUGCAUAACUGUUGUUUCCUACAUCAAUAAAGGAUGGUUUGGUGCCAUCCCAUUUUUUGGUGCUGGAUUGGACCAUGGUGGUAAAUAGGGUUGUCCCAGGUUAUUGCUUCGUGGCAUAGGACUUUGGGCAAAAGCCUUGCCUUGCUUACUUUGGCCGGCAGCCGUUUGGCUGAUAAGCCAUGGCAGAAAGUACUGUUGGCUGAUUGAUUGUGAGAGAAAAACACGGCUGAAUGGCUGGGCUGAAGCGAACAGGCUGCGACAUCCCUGACGUCAUAUCCCUCUUUGAAGGCGUGGUCAAAGAAGCUGUUGUGGCUAGUGAAUUGCAAGGCGAUACCAUAAUGGUAUAUUAGAAUGGUCUAAUGUCGUGUCUUUGUCUUCUGUUGCUGUAACUGGUUAUGCCUCAUUUGCUGGGGCUUGUUAUUGUUGUUAUUUGUGGUAAUGCUACAACUUCACCCUUGAGCUAGGGUGUGUUCUAAUU